ACAGGGGAGGGCAGAUCCCGUAUUGAAAACAAAUCAAAUCAGCUCAACAGAUCUCCCCCUCACAUCACAACUGACGACUGAAGAAACUUUCGUGGGGUACAUUUCUGACGUUCAGUCUGCCUUAUAGACGCUUAAAUUACGUUUUAAUGUUCGAAUAACUAAAGUUGUUGCAAGUCGGUGCGCGCGUGAUGGAUCGCUUAAAAGUUCGCGAGAUACAACUGUAGCGCUUCAUAUCAGUGACUGAUGCAGUUUGCACCAAGGUCCUCUUGUAAUGCAAACAGCUGCUUUUGAGAAACGCUGAUGGAGUUCCUUGACAGAAUGCAAGCCAAUUUUAGCGUUUUUAUUUUAAUUAAAAUUACGUUGUUUUUCGGAUGCACGUUGUUGGACGACUGAGACACUAAACGAACUUUACAACAUCAUCUAAAAGACUGAUCAUGGAGACCACGAGUCCAAUCACCACAGAGAAGAAUGAGUCCAAGGGAUCCAGCUUGGAUGGCAAUAGUUUCCCAGACCUCCCCAAAAAGCCUUCACCGACUACAGCAACUCGAGCUCCUCAUUUAUUCUCAACCUUCCACACACCAAUUCCAAUCGACAUGCGCCACCAUGAGGGAAGGUACCAUUACGAGCCACACCCUCUUCACCCCAUACAUGGGUCUCAUGGAUUGGCUGGCAGUCCUGUUAUCUCUGAUAUCUCUCUGAUCCGACUGUCACCUCAUGCUGCAGCUACAGGAGAGUCUCCCUUUAAUCCCCCACACCCAUAUGUCAACCCUCACAUGGAACACUACCUACGAUCCGUCCACAGCAGCCCCACUCUUUCCAUGAUCUCUGCUGCACGAGGACUGAGCCCUCCUGAUGCAGUGACCCAUGAACACCUGAAGGACCGAAGUUUGUUUGGCCUGCCUCCCCCUCCGCCUGGUGCGAACCCCUCUGAUUACUACCACCUCAUUGCCAGUCACCGCAGCCCUUAUGGAGACCUGCUCAUGCAGACAGGAGCCGUGGCUCAUCUCUCUGACUACAUGAGCCCAGUGGACAUGACCCGUUUCCCAAGUCCCAGACUGACGCCGAGGUUGAACAGGAAGCGAGCGCUGUCCAUCUCUCCAGUUUCGGAUGCCAGCAUCGACCUACAGACCAUGAUCCGCACCUCACCCAACUCUCUGGUCGCCUACAUCAAUAACUCCCGCUCAAGCUCGGCUGCUAGCAGCUCUUACGGCCACCUCUCCGUCGGGGCUAUCAGUCCAUCCUUUACCUUCCCACAUCCUAUCACGCCGGUAGCAUACCACCAGCUGCUGUCCCAACAGAGGGGUCUGAAUGCUUUUGGCCACACUCCCCCACUCCUACAGCCUCCCUCCUCAAUUAGCAGCAGGCAGCAGACACUGGUGGCAGCUGCGGUCUUGACCAACAACAACAGCACCGACACCAGCACAGAGUUCAACCAGAAUACUGCCGGAGACUCGGCCGUCAGCAGCACAGUCAACCCUAUGAUAAUCAAGAGGUCAAAGGUGAAGACAGAAGCAGACGGACCCCACCCCAUCUCACCUGGUUCUCAGGAUCACAUGGAGUUAAGGGAGGAACUUGAUAAAGAUGAAUGCAAGCAAGAGCCUGAGGCCGUAUAUGAGACCAACUGCCACUGGGAAGGAUGUUCCAAAGAGUAUGACACCCAGGACCAAUUAGUUCACCAUAUCAAUAAUGACCACAUCCAUGGAGAGAAGAAGGAGUUUGUGUGUCGCUGGCAGGAGUGCUCUCGGGAACAGAAACCAUUCAAGGCCCAGUACAUGCUUGUGGUGCACAUGCGCCGUCACACUGGGGAAAAGCCCCAUAAGUGCACAUUUGAGGGUUGCUCAAAAGCUUACUCUCGCCUGGAAAACCUCAAAACUCACUUGAGGUCCCACACAGGGGAAAAACCUUACGUGUGUGAGCAUGAGGGCUGCAACAAGGCCUUUUCCAAUGCUUCGGACCGGGCCAAGCACCAGAACCGCACACACUCAAAUGAGAAACCAUAUGUGUGUAAGAUCCCAGGCUGCACAAAACGCUACACAGACCCCAGCUCUCUCAGGAAACAUGUGAAGACAGUUCAUGGGCCAGAAGCACAUGUCACUAAGAAGCAGCGUGGUGAUGCGCCACCUAAACCGCACCCCCCUAAAGGGAAUGGGGAAAAUGAAGCCAGCACAAAACAUGCUAGGGGAAGAACAGAGGGAUCCGUUGAGGCCAACAGCACCACCCAUGGAGUGGAUAACUGCCAGCAUGUCAAAUCUAUCAAGACGGAAAACACAGUGAUGUAUCAGUCCAGCCCUGGUGGUCAGUCGUCAUGUAGCAGUGAGCCAUCACCACUUGGUAGAGCUGCCAACAAUGACAGUGGAGUAGAGAUGGCCAUGCACAGUGGAGGCAGUUUGGGGGACCUGAGUGCUUUAGAUGACAUCCCUGUUGUUGAUUCUACCGGUUCUCCGAAUACUUCUGCAGGAGUGGGUCUCCAGCUGCGUAAAAACAGGGGAGGUCUCCUACAGUUUGAGCACAUUAAGAAAGAAAAGCUGAAAACUGUAAGAGAUGCCUGCCCCUGGGCGAAUACAAUGCCUCAAGUCCGAAGUACCAAGCUGCCUCCAAUACAGUCCAUCGACUCAUUGCUGGAGACUCCAAAUAUGGGCACUCAAAUGCUUGGGCCACCUACCUGUUUAGGGGACCUGUCCUCGUGUGAGAUGACAAUGCUAAGUCAGCUUCAUGAGCGCAGAGACAGUUCGACAAGCACGAUGAGCUCAGCAUAUACGCUCAGCCGUAGGUCCUCCGGUAUCUCGCACUGCUACUCCAGUCGUCGUUCUAGUGAGGCUUCACAAUUCGGAGUCCGCAACUACAAUGUCAGCUCAGCUGACUCUUACGACCCCAUCUCAACUGAUCUGUCUCGCCGUUCCAGCGAAGCCAGCCAGUGUGGUGGUGCAGGUGGACUUCCAAGUUUACUAAAUCUCACCCCGGCUCAACACUACCGUCUUAAGGCAAAAUAUGCUGCUGCCACAGGGGGCGCUCCACCCACACCUUUGCCCAACAUGGAACGCAUGAGUCUUAGAACUAGAAUGGCAUUGUACAAUGACUCACAGGAAAGUUCUCAUUUGCACCAUGCCCCAGCUGUAGGCAACUCAAGACGCUGUAGUGACACCAGCUAUGGCGCCCCUGGCAUGAUGCCUCAUGAAGUCCCAGCCAAUAUUCCACGACGUGCCAGUGAUCCUGUUCGUCGAACAACUCUCGACCAAUUCUCCGUGCAGAGGGUUCAACGGUUCAACAGCAUCAGCAAUAUGAAUCUAUCACAUCUGCCUGUAAUGGAUUGCCGUGUUCUCAACAUGCAGAACAACACUUGGUCUGAUGGAAGCUUGCACAAUCAUCCCUUCAUUCAAAGACCACCCAGUAUUUCAGAGAAUGUUUUAAUGGAAAAUAUGGCCACUGAUGGAGGUGAUCAGCCCGAGGAUGAUAUGGUACUUCCAGAUGAUAUGGUACAGUACCUCAAGUCCCAGAAUGGUAGCUCAAAUCAGGACAACGGUGGUCAUACACAAGACUUCCAUGGUAAUAUGUCCUCUAUACAAAACCAGUUCUAUGGACAACGGCGAAUGGCUAUGGUAAGCAACAAUCUAAGCCAUGUACAGCCUAUGUACAGAGUGCCUCUUUGCUCAAGCCCAGAUAAAAUGGCAGACCCGCAAGGUGGCAUGAACAAGAACAGCAUGCCUGUACAAUGGAACGAGGUCAGUUCUGGUUCUGUGGAUACAACUACAAGGCUUCCAAAGCAACAACAAGUCCGAGGGAACCUGGCAGUGGUACAGCAGAAGCAGAACUUUGCAGCUUACCAAGGUGUUGGUCCUAAUCAGCAAAUUGUACCAAUGAGCCAGAAUCUGGCGAGUCUGCAACAAGGUUAUCCACAGAGAACUGCCCAAAGAAUGAACUCUGUCCAGCAGUAUCAGCAAGCAGUUCCCAAUCCAUGUCAAAAUCUCAGUGAACAAAUUAAUCCUCAACAGGGAUACAGACAGGACCUCAAUUACAACUCUUCAUCAGUAAACGCCAGUCACCGCAUAACAUGUACUGGCAUGGGUAUGCCCAAUGGGAGAACGGUAACAUUGCAAAAUCAAGACGUGCAAAAUUACCGAUCAAACUUUGCACACAUCAAUAAUGUUAAUCAGCAGCAUUAUGUCCCAUUCUCUCAGACUGGCAUUCAAAAUGUAGGCAGAGGACUGAUACAGCCCAGACCUCCAUCUGGACCCAAAACUCUGAAUAGGCAACACUCAGGGCCAGUUAUAGUCCAGCAAAAUGGAUGUUCUUUGUCGGGGUUAGACACUUCAGAAGCGUGCCCAAAGAGACAAGGUGACAUUGGUCAACACAAAAAUGGGAACGGCAGUGCUAUGUACUAUUCGGGUGAGAUCCAUAUGUUGGACACCAGAAUGGAUUACAGUUCUCCUUUGUCUCCAUGCACAAAUCAAGCCCCUGUUGCUUCAGUGCCUACUAUGAUAGCAUCUCCUGGGGUUAACCAGGUCACCAGCACAGUGGACUCUUCUCAAACACUCGAGCACACUCAAAUAGACUUUGAUGCCAUUUUAGAUGAUGGAGACCAUUCAAGCCUAAUGUCUGGCACAUUAAGCCCUGGAAUUCUGCAGAGUCUUUCGCAGAAUUCCUCACGACUUACCACCCCACGUAACUCUGUUACACUGGCCUCAGUACCAGCAGGUAUUGGCAACAUGGCCAUUGGUGACAUGAGCUCAAUGCUAACUGCCCUUGCAGAGGAAAGCAAAUUCUUAAACAUGAUGGCUUGAGUAUUAUAGAAAAAAAGAGAUAUUGAAUAAAGCUAUGACUAAUAAAAUGUCAAAGAACACUAAAUUGUACUCUAAAGGGAGAAAAAACUUGUUUAUGCAUUAUGUCAUGAGCAAAGGCACUGAUAUACAAUAUAUUAUAUUAGAAUCUUUUCAGGUGCAGCAUUUCAGGUGUCAAAGGUUUGCAUGAAAAUGCAUAAUCAGACAUUUGCUGUUGUAUGCAACUAGAUUGUACCUACAGUAUAAUUGGCAAAGACCUCAAGAUGACGUAUCUGUAUCACGAAGCCAUAUGUUGUACGCAAGUUUGUUUGUUAAUGCAAAUAAGUGUACAUCAGGGUAAUUAUUAUUGGGCUACUGUAAGUCUGAGUCUCCCUUUCUCAGCAGUGCACUAAAAUGCACUAAGUGCCUCACUUGAAAGAAUACAAGUAAGCUUUUAAACUCAUAUAAUGCUUUGUAAUCUGGUAUGUAGCUAUACUGAUAGUUAUGGGUAUUUGUGUUGCAUUUUGCUCCAUUUUGUUUAUAGUUAUUCAUUACCUUCAUGCUUUAAAUUAUGUGUAAUUCAUAUGAACUGCACAAGCUUAAUUUGUUCAUAAUGUACAAUGCUCAGAUACCCCCUUGUAACAUAUAAGGCAAAUUUAAGGAAUAGUUCAUUCGAAAAUCAUAUUGUAGUCACCCUUGUGUCGUUGCAAACUCAUAUGACUUUCUUUUCUAUACGGAACACAAAAAGAAAAACUAGAAAAUUUUACUGUGCCUUGUGUGUUCAGUGUUCACACAUAACACACGAGCCACUGUGAACAAGCUUCUCUCAUGAAUGUGCAACGGUAGUUUUUCACUGAAAAAUUUCUUAAUUUAAAUCGUAUGCCUUUAGAUUAUUUAGAAGAUUUCGAAUAUGAAGCAUGAACUACUUUUAUGAUACUUUUGAAUCCUUUUUAAAGCUUUAAAGUGAGCCCCUAUCAACUGCCAUUGUAUUAAUAAGGUGGAGCGAAAUAGAUACAGUAUAUAUAUAUAUACUGUUUUUUUUUUUUUUUUUCAAAUAAGAAAGUCAUACAGGUUUGAAACAACAUGAGGGUGAGUAAAUUAUAAAAAAAAUUUUAUAGACAAUUGUGGGAAAAAAUAUUCGCCCAGUUCCAAGGAGAUGGUCAGUUUCAUCUAUAUUGUCAGAUUCCCUCAUACACAAAGCCCCAUACACAUCUGUUCCACAUCUGUCAUCUCAUAUUCUUAUGUAUGGGUGAAGGACAGCAUUUCAUCACUACACUUCAGUCUGCAGAGGCUUGUCAUCCCUGACGUUCUUUUGAGAUAUCUUUAAAGGAAUAUGCAAGUACUAUGUAUGCUCUCAGCUGAGAUUGCAUCCCAAUUUACAGGUUCAUCACCCUCUCGAGCUUGUGAUAAACCACAGGUGCAUACUAAAAUGCAGUGUUGGGGGUAAUGCAAUAAAAGUAAUGUGUGUUACGUUAUCAGAUUACUUUUUCAAUUAACGAGUAAAGUAACAAUAUUUUUUAUUUUAGACCAUUUGCAUUUAUUCAUUUGGCAGAUGCUUUUAUCCAAAGCGACUUACAAAAAGGAAAACAUAAGUGAAUCAUCUUAAGAAGACAGUGGUACAAAAGUGCCAUACUACAAAGUUUCACUUGCAUCAGAAUAGUAUUCAAAACAUAUACAAGACCAUAGUAUCUGUUACUUUUUUUUAAAGUAACACGUUGCUUUUGUACAACUCUACUCUCCCUGUAUUGUGAGAAAUCAGGAGUAAAAUUGUGAAACUUCGUGGAGGAGACAUGAAUGGCAUUGUAUUUCUAUAGAGUGUGAGGCCAGAGACCAUUUAGCAGAGAGUGAUGAUUCACUUCUAUUUAAAUGUAUGGGAGAAAUUGGAACGCCCAACCAAGAAGCUCUAGCACCCAACAAUCAUGGCUGUAGACUGGAAGUCCCGCCGUGCAGGUAAAAGAGCCAGUCGCCUUUUAGAUACAGACAGUGCCCAUCAAUGAACUCGCUAACACACUUGCACAUUUUGUGUCAACAACAUUCGUUGAGUGAAAUGCGGUUUAUUCAUGUGUUGAUACACACUGUUUGAAAAAAUCAGUAAACGCUUUUAGACAGAGAUAUUAUAAGACUAGUCUUCCACUGGCCACAACACUGGGUGAAAUCCGCUAAAUUCACUAACUUAUGCAGCUGAACUGCUCCGUGUUAGAGCUCCUUUAAAUGCGGGAAUGGAAUGAGAAAAGCUGACUCUGGAUCAGCGUCUGCGAGCAACGUUCUACAUGGUUUGUGUGUGCAAAGGAAAUGUCUUAGUUUCUAAAAAUAUUCUACAUUUUUGUUUUAUAAUAAAUAAGAAGUUUGAUUCUUGAAACAAACUGUUUUUAUGACAUUUUGGUAGAAAUAAAAACGAUUCCAUUCAAGUUGUAUUAACAUGCGCUUUUGAAGGUGUUGCGUCUGUACGCACCGGUGAUCAACUCAAAACAAGCGUGCACUGAGAUGACAAGUUAGAGUCAUUAGACUUAUUCCUUGAAUGUGUUAGACUGGCAUCCCCCACUGAAUUUUAUCCUGACUUCUGAAGAAAAUCUCAAGUUUCUGGUAUUGUCGAUGGGCACAGCACAUAAUGACAUACAUAUAUGAUGCAGGUUCAAGUGUUGGACUUUGCUGCUUUAGGAAGACAGUGGUCAUUCUUCAUUCAUCAUAUUGGCUGCCAUGUUGAUGGAAAAACAAAUCAUGCAUAUUCAUGUUACUGAUUCUUUGUUAUAAAUAUGACGUGAAGACCUACAUUCUAAAUAUCUUUUAUUUAUCUUUUAUAGUUUGUUUACUAUGUUGUUUUGACAUGAGUGUUGUAAAGUAGCUAGCAUGACCUGUAAUGUCUCUUGUAUGGAAUGCAUGGCAUUGCAGAAGAGAAAGUGGCUGUGAGAAAAAAGUAAAGCUUUACUUUCCAUAAAAAUAACUUUUUAAUUAAGUUACUUUUUUAAGGAGUAACAUGAUAUUCUAAUGAGUUACUUUUAAAAGUAGCGUUACCCAACACUGCUAAAAUGACUUCUGCCUUUGAUUCGGAAACAUAACAAGAAAUUCCUACCAAUGACAGAGCGAUAACAGUUUUCUUAAGGUCUGAAUUAUACAAGGGGAAGAAAGGGUUGGUGUUUCAUGAUGCCAUUUUCUGAACUUGACGUAUGUAUAGCUUUUGUACAUUUUUAAAUACAGUAUCU